CGUAUAUUAUCGACUCGUCAUAAUCCCCGCAAGCAAGACAUUCAGGCUUUGUCCAAAUAUUUUUAGUUACACAUUGAUUAUUGACUAACGUAGUUGCAGUUUGUUAUCAGAGAAACCAUGAAGGCAUAUUCAUUUAUUUUCCUUGCUGUCUAUCUUUGGACUUCUUCAUCGACAGCGCAAGAAGCAAAACCAGUGAAUAUCACAUUAUACUUUGAAAGUCUGUGCGGGGGAUGUCAAUAUUUUAUCAAGAAUCAGUACUACCCAGCGUUCAAGUCCAUUGGCAGUAUCAUGAAUGUACAUUUGGUGCCAUAUGGAAACGCAGAUGAAACAAAGAAGGGCGGAAAGUGGGUUUUCACCUGCCAACAUGGCAAAGAAGAAUGCAUUGGGAAUUUGAUAGAGACUUGUGCUAUACAUUUUUACCCGAAUGCCAGUGUUUACUUUCCGUUUAUCCACUGCAUUGAAACAUCAGGGAAAAUUCCCCGCAAGGCUGCCCCAUCAUGCGCCCAAAAAUUCAGCCUCGACUACUCGAAAAUAGAGUCUUGUGCAAACGGAGAUCUUGGUAACAGCCUUGAACACAAAAUGGGGUUGAAGACAGAAGCUACAAAACAAACCUAUGUACCUUGGAUAACCUUGGAAGGUGUUCAUACGGAGAAAAUACAGAAUCAAGCAGAGAACAAUUUGGUUAAAUUGAUUUGUAAGACAUAUAAAGGCAGCCAAAAACCCCAAGCAUGUCAGGAGUAUCGGAGUGAGGGAUUUAUUCAACGAUGCUGGAAGAAUCCAAGCAAGAUUGAAGAUGUCGAGAACAACAGUAUUCACAUAACAAACUAAUUAUUAUGUUCGUCUGAUCACUCAAGGUCAAAUACGUCAGAAUGUUUGUGCAUCAAAUUUCAAUUUAUAAUCAAAGGAAAUUAACUUUUUUUUAUAUUGCCCAUAUGUUAUAACAUAUAAAUAUUUACAUAAAAGAAAAAUAGAUUAAUGUUAUGGUAGGGUCCUACCGGAAACCUUAUAAACAGGCUUUUAUUUAAGACCCCUAUAGUUAUAAAAUUUAGAUGCUAGUUCUAACUACAGACUAUACAGUCAACCAAAUUUAAAAUAUAUUACAACAAGUAUUAUAGUUAAAAGAAAAGAAAGAGAGAAAAUGUGAAAGCUAUUUACAGCAUAAAUAGAACAUUACAGCAAAUAAAUAGAAAUUUACAGCAUUAAUACUAUUCUAAAUUGAACAAUUAAACUAAUUAAUUAAGUACUAGUGGAAUAACAAUAUAAAGUAUCUUGUAACUUAUUUUUUAGUCUCGUUUCCUAUCUGCAACAUAACCUAUGUUAUUAUGCAAAAUGCAAAGUCUUAUAAGUUAGAUUCUGAUGGGCAUAGCCUAACCUGCGAAAGGGCAUGCUCUGGGUACGAGAAUGCGUCUUCUGAGACAAAAUUAUUACACAGUUAUUACAGAUUAUUUAAACACAACAUACAAAACGAAUUAACCAAUCAGAUAUCUGCCUGCCGAGCUACAGUAGCAUUUCGCAGGUCACUGGUUCUCUGGGUUCGAAAUCCAGAAACGUCAGGCAGGCAGAAUUUUCUGCUUAAAUCUGUAACACCUGUGUAAUAAUUUACUCUGUGAUGACGUAGUUACAACGUAAGGUUGACAGGUAAAUCAGUAAAUAUUCUUAUAAAAUGCCACUGCUUGAAUCCUUGAAAGUUAUAUCCAAUUCUUACUAUAAACUUCUUUCAUCUGUUUUGCAUUCAUGUCAUCUCAUACGAGUUCAUAGAGUCUGUGGCGAAGAUAAUUCGUUUGAUGUAAGAUAAGUUUGCACCCCCAGGCCUAAAGGCCCGUUUGCUGCGAUUUUAGUUGCGAUUUUCUCUUUUUGGAGGAUGUGAAAGAGUAGUUGAGUUAUAAAUGUUCCAGGUUAUGAAAUCUUAUAACAACAUCUUAAUUAAGUAAUCUACUCCUUCACAUCCUCCAAAAGGAGAAAAUCGCAACUAAAAUCGCAGCAAAAAUCGCCUGUGUAAACGGGCCUUAAUUUAAUGAGUAAAUUGCAAUAGGAAAUCCGCUCUAGCAUAAGAUUGACUGGGAUUUGCCUGUUAUUGGAGUGGGAAAAUGAGACUUGGGUCACUGGGAGUGGGAAUGACUGACACAAAAAUGAGAAUGAGAAAACCCAUAUACCAUAAAAAAAACAAUUGUUAUAGUUGGACCUUCAGAAUUUAAAUUACUUCAAGAAAAGGUACUGACAGACCAACUUUUGAUUGAGAGGCAGGUCCAAAAGUCAACUUCUCAACCCUUAAAAUCAUCAGUUAAGCAGGC